AUGAUUUCAAACCGGAAGUCACCAUAACACGACUGCAAUCGAAGCUGACUUGACGCUGCCAAUGCUGCUACAACAAUGACACGAAGCCACGAUUUAAGCAGCCUCACAGCAUUUUGCCAAGCAUUUGUAAGGUUGUAAUCUGACUUGUUGAUGCAGCGGUCGCUCAUCGUAUUAGUGAAGCAGACCCUCAGGCUACGACCUCUGACCCCUCAUCUCUUCAGAGUCUCUGCAUAUCUCAUAUCUGCUAACACCCGGGCAGUCCAUUGUCAUAUCUGGCCACAGCUGCGUUCGUGCAGACACGGAGGCCCUCGUACCGACCACCUGCUUCUUUCACGUCGGCGCCUCUCCCUGCCCGUCAUGUCGGAGCAGCGCUUCCUGGUGGAGUACGCCAAGCGUGGCACAGCGGGAUGCAAGAAGUGCAAGGACAAGAUCGCCAAGGGCAUCGUGCGCAUCGGCAAGAUUGUGCCCAACCCUUUCAGCGAGUCUGCGGGUGAGAUGAAGGAAUGGUACCAUGUCAAGUGCAUGUUUGAGAAGCUGGAGCGCGCCCGGGCCACCACCAAGAAGAUUGAGGACAUCACCGACCUGGAAGGCUGGGAGGAGCUGCAGGAUGAGGACAAGGAACUCAUCAAUAAGCAUGUCUCAGACUUGAUGGCCAAAGUCAACUCCAGUCCAAAGAAGAAGGUGCAGGCCAAGUUAAACACAUCAGGCACACUCAAGUCACCUCCUGUGGCAGACCCGUCGGUAAACGCACCGCGAAAGUUCUCAGGUUUCACUGCUGCGAAGGCGGGCACUUCAGGCGGGCUGUCAUCCUCCUCCUCGACUUCCUCCCCUUCCUCUUUCUCGUCCCCGCCUGCCAAAGCCAGCCAAGGCAGUGCCCUGGCCACGCAGCUCUGCGACCCCCAGCACAAGGACUGCCUCUUUAGAGAGUUCCGGAAGCUGUGCGCCACGGUGGCCGAGAACAACAGCUACAACGUAAAGACGCAGAUUAUCGAGAAAUUCCUGCGUAAGGGCACAGGCGGAGAUAAGUUCCAUGGAGAUUUGUACCUGACGGUCAAACUGCUGCUGCCCGGCGUCAUCAAAAGUGUGUAUAACCUCAACGACAAGCAGAUUGUCAAACUCUUCAGUCGUAUCUUCAGAUGCAACCAGGACGACAUGGUGCGGGACCUGGAGAAGGGUGACGUGUCAGAGACAGUGCGGAUGUUCUUUGAGGAGAGCAAAGCAUUCCCGCCGUCAGCCAAGAGCCUCUUGACCAUCCAGGAAGUGGAGGCGUCGCUGAGCCGCCUCGCCCUGCUCACCAAAGAGGACGAGCAACAGAGCGAGCUGGAGGACAUCACCAAAAAAUGCACCGGCAACGACCUCAAAUGCAUCAUACGUCUCAUCAAGCAUGACCUCAAGAUGAACGCAGGAGCAAAACAUGUCCUGGAUGCCGUGGACCCAAACGCCUAUGAUGCCUUUAAGGCCUCCCGUAACCUGGGAGAUGUAAUCGAGCGGGUGCUGAGGAACCAGGAGGAGGCGUCGAACGGGUCGGGACCCAGGAAACUGUUGACCAUAGAGGCGUCGCUCAUGACCCCGGUUCAGCCCAUGUUGGCGGAGGCGUGCAAGUCCAUCGAGUAUGCUAUGAAAAAAUGCCCCAACGGCAUGUACUCGGAGAUCAAGUACGACGGCGAGCGUGUCCAGGUCCACAAGAACGGCGACAACUUCAGCUACUUCAGCCGCAGCCUCAAGCCCGUGUUGCCACACAAAGUGGCCCACUUCAAGGAAUACAUCCCUCAGGCCUUUCCCGGUGGCCACAGUAUGAUUUUGGACGCCGAGGUGCUGCUCAUCGACACCAACACCAGUAAGCCCCUCCCCUUUGGGACGUUGGGCGUGCACAAGAAAGCCGCCUUUCAAGACGCCAACGUGUGCCUCUUUGUUUUUGACUGCAUCUACUUCAAUGGCACCAGCCUCAUGGAGAGGCCGUUGUGUGAGCGCAGGAAGUUCCUGCACGACAACAUGGUUGUGGUGCCCAACCGCAUCCUCUUCUCUGAGAUGAAGCACGUCACUCGUGCAGGAGACCUGGCUGACAUGAUCACUCGAGUCAUCAGAGAAGGUCUUGAAGGCCUUGUGCUUAAAGAUGUAAAGGGCUCUUAUGAACCAGGCAAGCGCCACUGGCUGAAGGUCAAGAAGGACUAUUUGAACGAGGGCGCCAUGGCCGACACGGCCGACCUGGUGGUUCUGGGGGCCUUCUACGGGAAAGGCUCCAACGGGGGAAUCAUGUCCAGCUUCCUCAUGGGCUGCUUCGACCCGGACUCUAAGAAGUGGUGCACCGUCACCAAGUGCUCGGGGGGCUACGACGACGCCAUGUUGGCUCGCCUCCAGAAAGAGCUGGACGUCAUCAAGAUCAGCAAGGAACCCAGUAAAAUCCCCAGCUGGCUGAAAAUCGUCAAAAACUACUACCCCGAUUUUCUCAUCCGCAAUCCUGAGCAAGCGCCAGUGUGGGAGAUCACAGGCGCCGAGUUCUCCAAGUCGGAGAUGCACACGGCCGACGGCAUCUCCAUUCGCUUCCCCCGCAUGACCCGCAUCCGUGACGACAAGGACUGGAAGAGCGCCACCAACCUGCACCAGCUCAAAGAGCUCUAUCGCAUCUCCAAGGAGAACUGCGACUUCAAAGUGACGGCGGGACCGUCUGGCGAGGACAAGGGCUCCUCGGGCGGGGACAGCGGUGGAAACUCCCCCGCCCCGCCCAAGAAGACAAGUAGCAGCACCCCUGCCAAACGGAAAGUGGUCAAGUCUGAACCAAGCACCCCCGUCGCCAAGAAGGGGAGGAAGAGUGAAAGUGUCCACAGUAACGGACACGCCAAGACCAAGGCAGCACCGCCUCAGAUGCUGGAAGCCAACAGCCACAAGACGCUGUUGGACAUUUUCAGUGGGGUGAAACUUUUCCUGCCUGCCGGCGCAGACGACUUCGACAAGCUGCGGCGUUACUUUGUGGCGUACGACGGCGACCUGGUGGCCGACUACGACGCCGCUUCAGCCACGCACACACUGGCCGAGCCUGAGGCUGACAGCCGGGCGCAGAAGGUGUCGGCGGGGUGGAUCUGGGAGUGCAUCCGCAAGAGGCGCGUGUUGGCCCCCUGCUAGCCACCCCCCACCACCCCUUUUUCCGUCUUUGUGUUCAUCAUCACUGGAUGAUGCCACACCCCCGAUUGAUUGUCGCCAUGGUGACCUAUGAACUGAUUAAAGAAGAGACAAAGGUUAAGGGGUAUAAUGGGGCUGUUUUUAACAAAUCAUGAACACAAUGAACUUUCAGUCUGCUUUUUCAAGGCACCAGUGUCUCGAUCGCAUCACAGACACCAGCAAGAAUAAACCUCAGACUGGACACAUUAUUAGGUACACCACAUCGUUCUCAUGCUCAAUUUUGAUUGACAGUGAAUUCAUUCUUGUCACAUUCUUCAUAGAAUAUGGACACCCAGCCAAAAGUAAUGGCUCCAAUUUUUGGGACUGAAAGAAUAAAUUUGGGCUGUCAAAGGUAACGCGAUAAUGACUCGUUCAUGGAAGUUGCAUUAGAUGAUGCAGGUGAGGUUGAAGACUUACCCAGUGAGGUGGUCCCUGUCAGGGAUCCGUGUGGUCCAGCUUCCUCUUUCCUGACGUUGUGCGCUUGGAGCGACUCCACCACUGAAGAUCAAAGUUGGUGUGGAUGAAACACGGCUGAUGAUAUGAAAGAUACAUUUAGGAAAUAAAAACACGUUUCAAGCAUCAACAUCAGCCUCAUUUUAUACAUAUACUCAUACAAUUAUAUACAUUAUAAUAUUCACAAGACUCAGAAUACAGCACACAUCUUCAUAUAUAUUUUUGGCCAAAUACAUUAUUGAGAUUUUCUUUGCACCAAAAGUGUUUUCUGCAGAAAAUACUUCGCAUUCACAAAUGAGAAAUACAGUGUUUAAGUGUUUGAAGCAUAUAUUACAAACAAGCU